AGUGACCGGCGAGCGGGCAGCGCGAGCACGUGCUCUCCACACACUGCAGCGCAGCGGGGAGGAGGAGGGGGAGGCGCCAACAGCACCACCACAGCACACUUCUAGGCUGAGAUGCCGGAGGAGGCGGCGUCGUGCGAGCUGUGCGGCGCGCCGGCGUCGCAGCGGUGCUCGAUGUGCCGGCAGGCGGCCUACUGCAGCAGGCAGCACCAGAAGCAGCACUGGCCCACGCACAAGGCCGGCUGCCGCUGCUACGAGGUGUGCACGAGCGCGGAGCUGGGCCGGCACCUGGUGGCGACGCGCGACGUGGAGGCUGGCGCGGCGGUGGUGAGCGACGCGCCUCUGGUGGUGGGCCCGCGCGUGCACCGCGCCGCCGACGAGCCACCGGCCUGCCUGGGCUGCCUGCUGCCGCUGCCGCUGCCCCCGGAGGCCGCCGCGCACGCGCGCUGCCCGCGCUGCCUGUGGCCGCUGUGCGCGCCGUGCGCCGCCGCGGGCGCGCCAGACCACGCCGCCGAGUGCCGGCUGCUGCGGCUGUCCGCGGGCCGCGCCGGCUGGCUGCUCGCCGCCGUCACGCCGCUGCGCUGCCUGCUGCUGCAGAAGAGGCACCCGCGCCGCUGGCAGAUGCUCGCGCACAUGCAGGCGCACGAGGACCGGCGCGGGCCCGGCACCGACGCCUACUCGGAGUCUGGCGAGGUGUCGGAGUUCAUGCGGAAGAAGGUGCUGUGCGGCGAGGCGAGUCAGGCGGUGGAGGACGCGAGCGAUGCGGCGAUCCGGCGCGUGUGCGGCGUGCUGGACGUGAACGCGCUCGACAUCACGCUGCCCGGCGGCGGCGAGGCCAGCGCGCUCUACCCCACCGCCUACCUGCUGGAGCACAGCUGCGUGCCCAACACCAGGCACACCUUCGACUUCCAGCGCGGCUGCCGGCUAACCGUGCGCGCCGCCAAGCUCAUACCCAGGGGUGAGCACAUCUCGACGAUGUACACGCACGCACUGUGGGGCACGCAGGCGCGGCGCGAGCACCUGCGCGCCACCAAGUACUUCGACUGCCGCUGCCCGCGCUGCGCCGACCCCACCGAGCUGGGCACACACCUCAGCGCCAUGCGCUGCCUCGGCACGCUCACCGAGAGCGACGCCCCGGCCUGCGGCGGCAUCCAACUGCCGACGUCGCCGCUGGACCCCGCCUCGGACUGGCGCUGCGAUCGCUGUCCCGUCUCGCUGCCGGCGGCGCACGUCGCAGAGCUCGUGUCGCGCCUGGGAGACGAGGUCGACAAGACGCAGCAGGAGCGGCCGACGGUGGAGAGCCUGGAGACGCUGCUGGAGAAGCUGGACACGUUCCUGCACCCGCACCACUACCACAGCUACUCCGUCAAGCACUCGCUGCUCCAGCUGUACGGCCAGCAGCGCGGCUACGCCAUGGACCAGCUGUCCGACCAGCAGCUGGCCAGGAAGGAAGCGCUGUGCCGCGAGCUGCUGCUGACGACGAACUGCCUGGACCCGGGGUACGCGCGGCUGGCGCUGUACACGGGCGUGCUGCUGCACGAGCUGUCGCGCAGCCUGCUGGAGUCUGCGCGCCGCUCCGCCGGGGACCGCUCGGCGCUGGAGCAGCUGCUGGAGGCUCGCGCGCUGCUGGCCGCGGCGCAGCGGGCGCUCCAGCCAGAGCCGCCGGGCAGCGCCGGGGAGCGCAUGUUGCAGCUGGUGCGCGGCGCGCAGCACGAGGUGGAGGCCCGCGUCAAGGAGGCUUAGCCACCACACACCGCAGACAGACACACACUCCGCACUCGUCGCGGCCGCUGCGAGCCUUGCGCAGGAACACGUUCUGUCUAUCUAGCUUGCGUAUAUCACAAAUGACAGGUUGAACACUUUGUGCAAAGACAGUGGUCCACGAAACUUUUGUUCCUAUAGUUUCGUCUAGAACUGCGCUGGAUAUCUUCAGAGGCGUUGCUCCUCCGUUGAGUCUUGCCGACUGAUAUGUCGGACGUCCGAGACGGACGUAGGUGCUAUAGAAAAGAGUGUGGCCGGAGCUACACGUCAUAGACAUUAUCCUUGGCGAAGAUCAAACUUAACUAUCGAUUUUAGUCUUGUCAAAGAUAAAAAAACUGCUUAGCGGAUUCUACAGAGCUACUGUCCGCUUCAUGGUCUCUUCUUUCCUAUUAAAAUUAUCCCUAUGUUUAUAUUUUUCAGCGGCUUCUCUGCGUAAUAGUUCGUCACUGUACAUAAAAAUUUUGUUUCAGAAGACUUCACUUCGUAACUUGCUGACUGAAGAGCAUCGCAUGCUACAGACGAUUUCUGUAUUUUACCUAGUCGGCAAUGACUUUUCUGUUCCUUUAUCCUUUUUUCGAAAAAUGACGCACUCACGCGGAUAUUUACACGAGAACUCCAACCACCACCCACCAAAAAAGAGAGGUGACAUCAAAAGCUUUGUCGGUAGAGGCAAAAGGAUUUGCUCGCUGGAAUACCUGGACGCUUAAAAUAUCUGAAGCAGAAUUUCGAGAAAAAUGGCUACUUGCCUAAAGAAGUACACAGAAUUCUACUGCCAAAUAACGGAAGCCCGAAGGACAAGCAUGAAAAACAACGAGAUGGAAGAAUAUACUUUCCCUCCCUUUUCUUAAAAAUGUAACAGAUCAGAUCGGAAAGAUUUUACAAAAAUAUAUUAGACUGGCUUUAGACCAACAAACAAAAUAGGUCCAGCACCUCGAUCUGUAAAGGAUAAACACACUCCUGUCAUAGGCGCCAUAUGUAUGAAAUUACGUGCACGUGUGGUGAAGUUUAUAUUGGAACAAUCAAGAGUAGCGUGAAUACACAGCUAAAGGAACACAGAUGUCUUUGCCGACUAGGGAAAAUAGAAAAAUUGGCUGCAGUAGAGCUUGCUCCUCGCUCAGGAAGUUAAGAAGUAAAGUUUCCUGAAACAAAAAUUUUAUCUGCGACGACGAGCUGUUAUCCGCUGCUAUGUAGAGAAGUUCAAAUGUUCAAAUGUGUGUGAAGUCCUAAGGGACCAAACUGCGGAGGUCAUCGAUCCAUAGACUUACACACUCCUUAGACUAACUUCAACUAAUUAGUGCUAAGAACAACACACACACACACCGAAGCCAAAGGGAGGACUCGAAUCUCCCGCGGGAGGGCCCGCGCAAUCCGUGACAUGGCGCCUCAAACCUCGCGGCCAGUAAGCGCGUCGUAGAGAAGUCAUUGAAAAAUAUUAACAUAGAGAUAAUUUUCAUAGAAACGAUGAGACCUUUAAUUAGCGGUAUAUGGACAGCAGCUCUGCAGAAUCGCUAAACAGUUUUUUGAUCUUUAACGAGACGACAAUCGAUAGUUAAGUUUUUACGUUUCACGAGGAUAAUCUCUAAUCACUCUCAGACGUCCGACCCGUCAGUAGGCAAGACUAAAUGGACAGCAACGCCUCUGAAGUCCAGCGCAGUUCUGAACGGAACGUUAGGAACAGAAGAGUUUUGUGGGCGAAGACCUUAUACCUCGAAAGCUUUACCGGCAGCAGUGUCAUCCAGUCGUCAAAGCCUUCAUUCUAUAAGUGAGUGCAAAGCCCACUCAGUCAGCUGACAUACCUGUCACCCACAGGAGACAACGCGCUAAUACCAUGUCAGACCUACUGUAAGCUUGACAAAGGCCUCAUUUCGGCGAUGAAGAAAGUCCAUAACAUUCUUCAGGUUUCCCAUACCCGGCUGAAACCCUCUACAUUUCGAACUUAUGGAGCUACAAAAUUGCAGGGAUGAAGAUUGCCACGUUUCAUCCGAUUUUCUAAGUAGUCCCAGCCAUUUUCUAUCGGAUUAUCUCAGCGGCGCAGUCACCAGUUGUGCUUGACAAAUCCUUUAUAUGGAUAAAAUCGUACACAGGACCUGGGUUUCAGAAUGUAAAUCGCAUCUUCAGGUGCUAUAAAAAAUAAAGGAAACCAAGAGCGAUUCUUCAUAAAAUUUAUUAACACUGAAAGGGCCCAAACAAAUAUGACCAUCAGAUCACACCUUGACUGCGUACGAGGCAUUCGUACCAUCACGUAAAAAAAAUCCAGAGAAUUUAUCAAGUACCAUGCGAGAUGCUGUGAGGGUGAGGCACGAAAAAUUCCCUGAGUCACCCAGUACGACACUGGGUAAACGGGUGCUAAGCGAUAAAACAGGAAUGUAACAACAAUUAAGCACACUUUGUCAGCCUAUUGUAAUCUAUAAACGAACUGCGAACGACUAAACAGGUGGUAUGGGCUUAAGAAAUCAAAAUUAAGGUAUAAAAGCGGUAGACUGCCAAUUUGUGAACCUCGAAAGUAGCUUGCCAUGCAAGUUCUCAGCCCGCCGUAUAUCGUGGAGGCCCAGCGAGACCGGUCAGCACGCUGCUGUGCGCGCCGCUAUGAGACGCCUGAGUACACGCAGUCGCCAGGUAGCGGCCACCACCGGAACUAAUACAGAGGGCGGGAGGGACCACCGAAGAAAUCAUAGCUAACAACAAGGCCGCGCGCUCAGGUUUCCUCCCAAACGCUACCCGCUACUAACAGCGCUCGAACUAUCUUAUUUAUGCAUUUCAUUAGCUAAGGCAGAUCUAGUACAGAGCAACCAAUAAAAGCAAGAGAUGUAAUGUAUAAUGCAAUUGUCAAGAAAGAAAUGAAUAAAAGUUUAUUAUGAAAUUGUCAAGAAACAUAGCAAAACCU